AUGAUGAUAGUAUCUUCGCGUCGUCAAAGUCUCGUUUUUUUCCUCCUCGCUUGGAUGCAUCGUUUUCGAAAGCUUCUCGAUUGCUUUUUUUCUCUUUUAAAAAAGCAGUUGAAAGAGAUAAGAAGCAAGUGUCUGCAUCGCGUCACACUUCGUUUGCUCUUUCGCGCGGUUGUAGUAUCAGAAUUCCCCCCCCGUAGUAUUCUCGCACACACCACCGAGCGCGACACCGCUACAGCGCUCUAG